AUGGAUAGAAAAUCCAUUUCAUAAAUGAUAAACAAUUUCUUUGGGUAAAUAAAAACAAUGAAUAAUAUUUUGGUAUUUGAAUUGUUGAAUGGAGUUUUUAAACAGAAUUCAAACAAAACUAUUGCUUUAAUCAAGAAUAAUGAAUGUGAUGAUAGUACAUUAUUUCCAAUAAUGUUUUAUUGUUAAGUCUCAAACAUCAUGUAUAUUUGA